AAAGCAGCAUUUGGAGCCGAUCAAGUUUGAUGCCGCGGUUAGCCUUCUAGCGCCGAAGCCAGCCCUGUUUCUCGAUCUUCUUCGGCGCAUCCAUCUCCACUUCCUCCAAAAUGACGUCGUCCAUUCCUUGUCCUUUCCUGAAGACCGCCGGGUAUCUGGCAGUCCGUUGGGGAGCCAAGAGCCGGAGCACAUCGUACGGAAGGCAGCGCUUCGGAACAAUCGCCGCGAGCCGUCACACUGGCACGGUAGAACCAGGACUCAGUUAUAUCAAGCUCACGAGACGCAUAAUAGCGGAGCCAGAAUUACCCCCUCCUCACCUCCCCGGAGACCAGCGAUUUGUCCCCAUACGCUCUCGGGCCUCUUCUGUUUUCCAUAUUGUUUCCGGCUGGUUUAUUAAGUCGUACCGAAACAGGGACAAACAUCUGAUGGUGGCAUUUGUGCACAAGCACAAGGCACAUUACGCCCUGAAGGCGCCUCUCAACUACGGCGGCGAAGACUCUCGACGGACUCGACACCAACAUUCCCACUUCAUGAGUUUGUGGGCCUUGCACCUUACCCCGCAACAGAACUUUCGAACGUCGCAACCUCACAUCGGCUUGCCCGCACCCAAGCAGCCGGAGCUUUAUCCAUCAAACGUGAUUUAUUAUCCCCACUAGCGGAUCCCACAGGAGAAGAGAGCCCGAGAUCUUCGGAUAUCCGUUGUAACCAACCAGCAAGUCCAGCAUCCAAUCGCAAGGCCGAACCAAGUUCCGUCGCCCCCUUCACUCACCCCAGCAUCCCAGCAUCUCGGUCCCUCCUCGCAAGGAAGAUGGCCACAGCGAUAUCCUGUGAGAAAGAAGUCGACUGCAG